GUGGUGGUGACCCCCCCGCCUCCUGCUGCCUCCCCCCAGGCCCGGCUGCGGCUGGUGGACGUGGUGGAGAAGGAGGACAUCAACGAGGCCAUGAGGCUGAUGGAGAUGUCCAAGGACUCGCUGCAGGGGGACAAGGGACAGCAGGGCCGCCCCCCCCGCCCGUCAGACGCCAUCUUCGCGGCGCUGCGGGAGUUGGCGGGGCCGGGGGGCCGCAGCCUGCGCCUGGCCGAGGCCUUGCCCCGGUGCUUGGCCAAGGGCUUCACCCCCGGGCAGGUCCAGGAGGCGCUGGACGAGUACGAGGAGCUCAACGUGCUGCAGGUCAACGCCGCCCGCACCCGCGUCACCUUCGUCUGAGGGGGCUGGGGGGGUCUGGGGGGGCCUGGGGAUGGGUGGGGAGGGCUUGAGGGGUCUUCAGGGGGUGAUGGGGAGGGUCCGUGGGAGGUCCUGGGGGAGCGGGGACAUGGCAACGGCGUCUUCUUGGGGUCGGAGGAGGUCCUGUGGGAUCGCUGGGGGGGUGUGGGGGUGAUUGGGGACGUCCUGUGGCGUCCUCUUGGGGCCAUGAGAUGGCCCAUGGCAUUUUUGGGGGGUCAUGAGAUGCCCCAUAGCAUCUUCACGGGGUCCU